CUUUAUAUUAUUCCUUGGCUUGGAAACCCUAAAUAAAGACUUUAUAUUAUCCCCUGGCUUGGAAACCCUAGAUAGCUUGCCCUUUUACAAACCCAAUUAGAGUCUUUAGCAGAUUCGAAUUUGGGGUUUGUUGGUCUCAAAUUUGUGGGAAAGGGUAAUUGGUGUUCUGUUAACCCUAAAUAGCUCACAUAGACAGUCGUAGAAGCUUUGCUUCCCCCAAACGACUAAAAUACAACAGUCGCGACCUACUUUGAUUCAAAAAAAGAAAGUAGGAGGGCAACAAGCAAACGGCUUUCUUCUCAUAGUUGCAAGGGUUCCAAACCUUAACUACUUAACAAAGAGGAAGGGCCACUAUAGAAGCUAGAAGUAGCCUAUAGUAUAGUAGUCGGCCUAAUCAAAGCGUCACGACAGCCACCAACUGUUUUAUCCAGGGAGCGGAGGGCAGACUCAACUUGGUGACAAAAUUUGCAACCGGUGACAAGCUCGCCGGCCGGAAACUGAUAGGAUUCUGGUUCAACUUGGCCACAAACCUUGCGACCGGCAACAAGCUCGCCGGGAACUGAUAAGAAAUUUUACAUAUAGCACCAUUGUUGUUCUUUGUGCAUCUUGCUAAUUCCAUUGCAUACUGCUCAUCCUAUUGCUUCUUAUUAUCCUAUUCUUGCCUUGUAUAUAAAAUUUCUUACAUUUUGUUUCUAUAAAAUAUUGACAGAAAAGAAAUGAUAAUAAAUGAAUGUCAGCAGCCUUACUAGAUGCAUCUUUCCAUUGCUGACUCUUCUUCUCCCUUCCUCUUUUAUACCUGUGAUGCCCUAAGGGGUCCCGUUUAUUGGGGAACAAGCUCCAGCCCGUUUCUUGCGUCUUCGGAUAGGAUUGGGCCUCUGAAGAGGUUUGGGUCAAAGGGUUUUGAACCCAGCUUGGGCUUAUGUACCUAGUUUGGUCCAGUCUCAAGUUCCAGGCCUAUUUCUCUGGGUCUUGGCCCAUGGCUUGGUUCGGACACGUGUCUUCUCUUAUUGCAUAGGUGUCAGGGUCUCAUUGGAGGGGAGUUUUCCCUCCACAGUAUUUCAAAGAAUUAGUUGCAGAAGGCCAAGAUACUCCUUUAACCAAAAAAAAAAAAAAAAGGCCAAGAUACUCCUAACCCAAGUCGAGGGAAAUGAACAGUUGAUAGAUGGUUUUUUUAUUUAUUUGGUAAGUGAUAAAUUCAUUGCAUGUCGUAGUGUUUAUGUGGACAUUCUUGACCUUGGAUUUUGUUACACCAAAGCACUCUGUGGAAAGGAUUAACCAAAGUUUGAAUUGCCUGCAAUGCUCAAUUUGUGGCUGAUGCCAUCUGAAUAGGAUUUAUCACACUCAUAAUUAUGGAAAAAAUCCUCCAAACUGUCAAUCCGGUGCCGUGCUUAUGAUGCCCUCCGACCUUCAUGUGUAAUAUAUACAUGUAUAUAUAUUUUCAUGACAAGAAAUUCAUACAUAUGUUUGUUUUUAUGCGAACUUGAACUCUCACCUUUAGGGUUGUAUACUGAUCGAAUUGGUUCGGGUUAGACAUAAAACCAAAACUAAUCCAAUUCCAACGGUUUCAUAAAAAUUGUAACUAAUCCGAACCAAUGAGGACUUUUAACCUCGAAUCGAUAUAUAAUACGUAAAUUAACAAGUUUGGAUCGGUUUGGUUUUACUAUUUGGACUUUUCUAAACUGUCCAAUAGUUUUUUUUUUUCUUUUCAAAGUAGCUAUUCUCCAUUUAGACAAAAGAUUGUGUAAAAUAAAGAAAAUGAAUUGUAUACCUUCAUUAGUAAUGCAUCAAGAGGUGUAAUUAAUACAAGUUCAGUUCAAAGGAACAGAAUAAACACAAAAAUAAAUAAAUAACUUGUAAAUAAUACUUAACAAAGUGUAUACUUCAAUCAAUUUGUGUCAAAUAUAUAUAUUAUAUAAUAUUUGUAUAAGUAAUGAAUUGAUUUGGUUAAAUUGGUUGGGAUUGGUUUUUUGGAAACUCAAAUUCAAGAAUAUAAUGAAUUUCAGUUUAGGUAUUUUUGGAACUCCAAAUGAAUCUAUGAACUAUAAAACUAUGGACUAAAAAACUAUGGAAGGAUCUCGAUGGAGUCAAAUUUCCGGUAAGAGAUGUUAAUCUCAAUCUUAUAUAACUAGUGGAGUGGUAAUUAAUCAAAUGGGUGCGGGACCACCAAUUGAAAGGUCAGUUAUGAGUCACAAAAGGAGGCCUAGAUCCGGCUGGCUGGCUUUGACCCUAACUAUUAAUACUGAAAUACUAGGUUGACUAUUGAACUGACCAAAUUUACAUGACUAAAUUAACUGCACUUUGGUUAAAAAAAAAAAAAAAAAAUUAACUGCACAUUUAUAUAUUUAAAUUUUAGUAGCUUAAAAAAGUAGGAAAGGAAGACUUUGAGGACUUUCUGAUUUUGCUCUUCUCUUGUUUGCCAUCGGCCAACCCAAGAACUAUCUUAUGGGUUUCUGAACUAAUAUCGAAUAAAAAACAAAGAAACACACACCCCAUAUGUGAAACAUGAGUAAAUCAUCAAAGAAUUAUGGCUUUACCAUAAAUCUUUUCUUGUAUUCUAUUUUUACCAUGUUAAAAAUAAUCUCUGAUGCAGUAGAAUUAGACACCAUAAGUAUAACUCAAUCUCUUACUGAUGGGCAAACCAUGGUCUCUGCAGAUAGAACAUUUGAACUGGGAUUUUUCAGUCCCUCAGGUACUACUUCGAGGAAUCGAUACUUGGGAAUAUGGUACAAGAGAAUAUCCAAUGGGACUGUGGUAUGGGUUGCCAACAGAGAUACUCCACUUAUCGAUACAUCCGGAGGAGGUGUCUUAAAGCUUGCUGAUGGAGGAAUUCUCGUGCUUGUCAAUAGUACGAACAGCAUCUUCUGGUUGUCUUCAAAUUCAUCAUCAAAUAACAACACAGUGAACCCAGUUGCACAGCUCUUGGAUUCGGGUAAUCUUGUUGUCAAAGAUACAAAUGAUGAGAAUUUCCUAUGGCAGAGUUUUGAUUAUCCAUGUGACACUGUGUUGCCAGGCAUGAAGUUUGGAAAGAACCUAGUAACCAGAAUUGAUCGGCGUAUAUGGUCAUGGAAGUCCAGUGAUGACCCUUCUAAAGGUGAGUAUUCUCAUGGACUUGAUCUUCGUGGAUUUCCACAAUAUGUCCUCCUAAAAGGUUCAGUUGAGCAAUACCGUUCUGGACCAUGGAAUGGUAUCCGCUUAAGUGGCUCCGUGGGUUUAAAACCAAACAGCAUCUACAAAUACUAUUUUGUUUUUGAUCAGCAGGAGGUGUAUUAUGAGUAUGAUCUUAUUAAUAGCUCAGUUUUCUUUCGGUUGGUUUUGACUCAGAAUGGAUAUUUACAACGGUUGACAUGGAAUUAUAAAACACAGGAUUGGACAGUUUACGGGAAUACACCAGCAGAUAACUGUGAUUUUUAUGGGCUGUGUCAGGCCUAUGGUAGCUGCAGCAUUGGUAACUCUCCAGUAUGUGGGUGUCUUGAUAAAUUUAUGCCAAGAUACCCUAAAGAUUGGGACACAGCAGAUUGGUCUGGUGGGUGUGUUCGAAGAACACCCUUGGAUUGCCACAAUGCAUCAUCAAAUGGAUUUCUCAAGUAUUCUGGUGUUAAAUUGCCUGACACACGGUAUUCCUGGUUUAAUAGGAGCAUGACCCUCAAGGAGUGUGAGACGGUGUGUUUGAAAAACUGUACUUGUAUGGCCUAUGCAAAUAUAGACGUAACAGCAGGAGGAAGUGGCUGCUUCCUCUGGUUUGAUGACCUGAUUGAUAUAAGGGAAGUCCCUGAAGUUGGGCAAGAUAUUUACAUAAGAAUGGCCUCCUCUGAGUUAGAGAGUCCAGAGACGCAUAGCAGUUCCCCUGUAAAGGGACGAUUGAAGAUUAUAGUCAUUCCUCUAUUACUUGCAGCAGUGGUAUUACUAGGCCUGUUCUUUCUCUUAUAUUUCUUGAGGAGGAGAAAGCUGAAGAGUGGUAUGCAAAGUCAGAAUGAAGACAUUGAGUUACCAGUUUUUGAUCUGCACACUCUUGCAAAUGCCACUAAGAACUUCUCUUGCACAAAUAUGAUCGGAGAGGGUGGUUUUGGUCCUGUUUAUAAGGGUAAGCUAACAACGGGACAAGAAAUAGCAGUCAAGAGGCUUUCGAAUAAUUCUGGACAAGGUCUACAAGAGUUCAAAAAUGAAGUUAUGUUGAUUUCCAAACUUCAACACCGGAAUCUUGUUAGGCUGUUGGGCUGUUAUGUUGAAGGAGAAGAGAGGAUGCUAAUAUACGAGUACAUGCCAAAUAAAAGCUUGGACUAUUUUAUUUUUGAUCAGAAUAGAAGACUAGAACUUCCAUGGCAAAAGCGAUUUGAAAUUGCUAUGGGCAUAUCGAGGGGACUCCUGUACCUUCACCAGGACUCAAGAUUAAGAAUCAUUCAUAGGGAUCUCAAAGCCAGCAACAUUUUACUAGAUGAAGAACUAAGUCCGAAAAUUUCAGACUUUGGGAUAGCAAGAAGUUUUGGGAUAGAUCAAAUUGAAGCCAAAACAAAGCGAGUAAUCGGAACAUAUGGUUACAUGUCGCCAGAGUAUGCCAUUGAUGGCAAAUUUUCGGUAAAAUCUGAUGUAUUUAGUUUAGGUGUGCUUUUACUGGAGAUAGUGAGUGGCAAGAAGAACAGAAAAUUUCAUCAUCCUGAUCACUAUCAUUCGCUUUUGGGACAUGCGUGGUUGCUGUGGAAUGAACACAGAGUCUUGGAAUUAGUGGAUUCAUGUUUGGAAAAUUCAUACAUUGAAUCUCAAAUCCUAAGAUGUAUUCAAGUGGGACUACUAUGUAUUCAGAAGCUGCCAAAAGACAGACCAACCAUGUCAUCAGUAGUGUUCAUGUUGGGUAAUGAGGGGGUGCCAUUGCCUGAACCCAAACAGCCUGGUUUCUUUGUAGAAAGAAGUUCUAUUGUUGCAGAGACAUCAAGUGGUGAGAGAAGUCAUACUGGAGAUGCAUUGACAAUAACGAUGAUAGAAGCCAGAUAGAAGUAGCACCUAUUGCAUACUGUUGUGCGAUGGAAAUGAUGUAUAUCAAGAAAAAAAAAAAAAAAAAAGAUUUGGUUGGGGUUGACGUAUUCAACUGUUGGAUUUUUUUUUUUAAUUUGUUUUAGUGCAGAAUUAAACUCAACUUUGUGUCUAGAUGAACCUACCUUUCUAAAAAUCUGAGGGAUUAACCCUAGUCAGGAAUUCGUUGACAAAUUGACUGCAGGUUUCAAUUUUAAUGUGAGAACUAAUGAA